UUUGAUACCGUUCCAUUGAUUCCAUUCCAGCCAUUAGAAUGAGCCCAAAAAGCAUGAACAUGUUAGUACUUCAGGGACUGCAAACGGUCAGACAUCAGUCUCUCUCACUCUCUUUCCCUCACUCACUCUCAUUCAGUCACCGACUGGUUCUGGGGAGUGGAGUUAGAUGGAACUCAGUGGCGCUGUAGCCGAGGUCACCAGUUUGGUCUGUCUUCCUCCUACACCACAACAUAACUGACAGAAAAGCAUCCACACAAGGAAGUCACCACCCAAUUCAUUCACUUCAAGUGAGAGCCUCAAGAUCUCAGAGCUAACCCCUGACCUAUAAGAGAUGGAUGGAUGGGACAAGCCUGUAGGGGCCAUGAUGUCCGAAGACAAUGGCAGCACCCCCACAUCACCUCUGGUCAACCAGUCCUGUGCGGACCGGAAGUGCUAUAUGGUUCUGCAUGAGGCGGAGAAGACAGCCAUCGGCUCCAUCUGUUUCCUGGCCGGACCCUUCACUUUCCUGGAGAAUGCGUUGGUCCUGGGUGUGAUCGCCGCCACCGCCACCCUGCGCCAGCGUCCCUCCUACCUUUUCAUUGGCAGCCUGGCCCUGGCCGACGUCUUUGCCAGCUGCUUCUUCACCACCAGCUUCCUGGACUUCCACCUGUUCCACCGCCUUGACGGCCACAACGCCUACCUCUUCAAGCUGGGCGGGGUGACGAUGGCUUUCACCGGCUCGGUGGGUAGUCUUCUGUUGACUGCUCUGGACCGCUAUCUGUGUAUACAUCAGGCGUCGAGUUAUAAAGUGGUGUUGACGCGCCGCAGGGCCCUGUUGGCUCUCCUUGCCCUGUGGAGCGCCACCAUCCUCAUCUCCUUCCUCCCUCUGAUGGGCUGGAGGUGCCCCACAGGGCUCUGCCCGCCCUGCUCGCGCCUCUUCCCAUACAUCGACCACCGCUACCUGGCCUGCUGGGUCAGCUUCAUCCUGGUGCUGCUGUCACUCAUCCUGGGCGCCUACGCCCUGAUCCUGUGGAGGGCCAAUCGGCAUGAGGCAUCCAUGACGGGCCACCAGGGGGCGCCUACCCGUGGUCAGGCCCGCAUGCGGCUGGACAUUCGGUUGGCACGUACCCUGGGCCUGAUUCUGCUCAUCAUGGUGGGCUGUUGGCUGCCGACCCUCUCCUUCAUGCUGGCAGACGUCUCGGUGCAGCUCACGCGCAUCCAGCAGAGGGCCUUUGCUUUCUGCAGCACCAUGUGCCUGGUCAACUCAGCCGUCAACCCACUGCUGUAUGCCCUGCGCUGCCGGGAGCUGAGGUUGGCACUGAUGCGGCUAUUGGGGGGCCUGAGUGACAGGCUGGGGUGCUGCCAGAGGCACGUAGGGGGAGACACGACCACUACCCUUCCCUUAGGCGAGAGCAACAGCUGUAGCGCUCACUCCGAGAGUGAGGUGCCCAGACUCGUUAGCUGCCGACCGAACACAGUCUCAGAAAUGGUUGGCAAGCAGCAGCUGGACAUGACUGGAAUAUGAGAAGGGUUGAGAGGCUUACCAUAUAUCAGGGUUAUAGCAGUGUUGUGAACUUGUGUUUCUUCUGUUGUGUUCAUAGCGAUAAGGAGGUAAUGUCUCUAAAAUGAACUGUGAUAACAGGGACUAAAACAAAGAUAUCGACCAUGUUACCAUGAAUUGUGCUGACCCACCUACAAGCCAAGUCAAUCAGAGAUAAUAUUAUUUUAUUAUUUGUCCAAGGUACAUGAUAGAUUUUUUUUUUAACAAUGUGAAAUAUCCCAAAUGAACACCUUUGGGAAAACAACAGCAUUGUUGGGGAUGGCAGUGUAAAUGUAGAUAGCUAUGUGUAUCCUAUGCUUGUUUUCGCUUGAGUGUCUGUCCUUUAGCGUCCAGAAGAGGAUCCUGACGGGUUCCCAUCUGCACAUAAAUACCUGUCCUGAAUAGAGGCCCUGUGGGUUGUAAACAAUGUCCUCCACAUGUGACUGCAAGCAGUGUUGAGAUCAGAGGUGUAAGAAAGGCUGAGCCUGGGUGGGUCCAAUCAGAAAAAAAGAAGUCCACUCAGAUUUUGUAUUAUUUACUUCUCAGUGUUCCAAAUGGAACAUAGUGUUUGCAUAUUUAGGUAAAAAGACAAUCAGAAUUCAUAGCAAGCAGUACACUGGGUUAGUCAGAUUUGAUUAAAUAUAACGGAACAGAUGACAUGGAAUGACAUCACAUGCCAAAAAGAACUGAAAGCCACACCCCCAAUGAGCAACGAAUAUGACUGCAUUGAGGCAUAUGUCACUGUGCUUUUAUGGCUACGUGCACCAUGCCACUACCUACAGUGCCUUGCGAAAGUAUUCGGCCCCCUUGAACUUUGCGACCUUUUGCCACAUUUAAGGCUUC